AUGAAGCCUCAUGUCCCUGACGAGGGGCCAAGGGAUGUUACCUCACCUCUAGACGUGACGCCAGAAAAUCCAAUGCUAAAGGACCUUAACCAAGCACUGUCGCGGAUUCACUCAUAUGAGGAGAUUCGGCUGUUCAUAGCGGGCACUCCCAACUUUGGACAUCAAGCAUCAUCUGUCGAUUUGCUACUACGCUUGUCCUGGGACUACGCGUAUCCCGGUCUGAUCACAGUGGUGUACGACCGGGGCAACCAGAAAAACGGGUGGACCGUACCUAAGCUAGUACAACUCCUACAGCGCCACACCAAUCCUGCGGCCCCAGAACGCCUACCACAGCAAUUGCACGUCACUCGGAUCCAGUGGCGCUCGACUGAAGAGUUCGCAGCUCGCACCAGCAAACUAGUGGACUUUGGUUUGACCGGGGGUGCGGAGAUCGGGAGGGUCUAUCACUCCAGCCUUGCGGACAUGCUAAAUGUUCGAACAGCCCUGAAGGCGCAGCCAUUUCAGUGGCCAUGGUGCAGGGAUGGCAUUGACUUUUGCAAUCAAAGUAACCAGUCGUCAGUGGACUUGCUGAGCGAGGACUAUCUCGGCUGGAGGCUGUUCCAUAGGGCCUACCGGCUCCCUGGCAUCCUGCAGCAUCCGCUGAAACCCGAUCGUCAAGGCAAGAAUGAUGCUGUCGUGCAACAGCUCCUGACAUCCAAAGGCGAAAACUCGGCUAUGUUACUGUCCUGCGUAUAUGGCGUGAGGCGUGAUGGAGUCUGCCGAAUCGACCCGGCCAAUCUUCUUUAUGUAUAUUUCCUGGCCCUUUUGCGCGCAUUUUCAGUAGAUACAACGCAUCACCGCCGUAUUCUGGUGGUCACAUUUGACGAAUUCUGCAAUGACGCGUUCGCCAGGCUGCAAGCUUACAUCUGUGGCCAGAAGCCUUGUCCAACAUUUGCACAGGCGUCGCUUUCGAGCUCUGGAAACGUUUCCACCUGUAUCCGUUGCAUUCACGCACCCGAAGACCUACCAAUAGCGAUCUCAUGGUUUGAAUCCUCGGAUCGUGAUUUCCGUGUCAAGAUACUAUAUGUUGACAUCGGGUUCGUCUCCCCGGAAUCCUUCGUCGAGGUCCUCAAACAGGCCGAUCUGCCUACUAUAUUCGAAGGCCAGCACACAGCAUCAGUUGUUGCAUCAUUGGGAAAACCAUACUUCAAACUCCAGGAUGCAGUAAUUAAUAGUCCUUCCCAAGUCCUUCGGAUUCCGGACGACACCUAUCGGCACGGUGAUGUGAUUGACCGGAUCCAGGCGGCCAGCCAUGACCUUCAACGUGGAGCACUCGGUGAAAUGGAUAUCAAGCGAUCCAUUGAGCGUGUCUCUCAUUUAGUCUUCGAAUGUACAGAUCCUGCUAGUCCUUUGAGCACGUACCUUGAUGACCUAAAGUUAUAUUACCGACAAAGGGGAGCGGACAAAUUCGAGACACUCCUGAGUGCGUGGAACAAGUACGGCGUCUUCAAUAAGGCGGAGGCCAUGAAAGGAGACUGUGUCAAUAUCAACCCUGCUGACUCAGUGAAGUCAAAACUACAUAUUGAAGAGGCGAGAGAGCUGCUUUUCCAGUUAGGUCUCAACUAG